CUUUACUUUAUUUUAAUAUUUUUUUGAAUUUUCGCAAACCCUAAAAGCUCGCUGCCGAUUUCUUUUUGUGUUUCUCAGAGAUCACUCUCUGUUUACUCUGUUUUCUUCAAAUUGUGAUGGAGGGUUGUUAUCGCAUACACUAUUCCGGUACUACAAUUCAGACCACGGUUACUUCUUCUGCUAGCGUGGUUGACCGAUGGAUAUCAACAACCAUUGAAAUUCAUCGUCACAGACUUUCCAAUCUCAUUGUCGGCCUCGACAUCGAAUGGCGUCCCUACUUUCAACCCCAAGAUCGAAACCCAGUUGCAGUCCUUCAGAUUUGCGACGGCCAUCGAUGCUUGAUCUUUCAGCUACUCCACGCCGACUCAAUUCCCAUAUCACUGCACCAAUUUCUGGCUUUCCCAUACUUCACUUUUGUGGGUGUUGGGGUUCAAGAAGACGCGGAAAAACUGUUUCAGGAACUGCAACUGAGAGUUGUUAGUACUAUGGAUUUGGCCCAACUUGCCGCUGAUAGAUAUGGAAUCGAAGAUUUUAGAAGAAGGGGCUUGAAGAGGUUGGCCAUGGAGCUGAUUGGCAAGUACAUGGAAAAGCCCAAACAUGUUACUCUGAGUCAAUGGGACGCAAAGAAUCUUUCUGAUGAACAGGUUGAAUAUGCUACCAUUGAUGCUUAUGUGUCUUUUGCACUUGGGUUGUCCUUGUUGAACGGAUUCAGGAGAGUCAGCCCUGUCCCAUUCCCUGUCCGUCAACAUUCUUGCAAUGCCAGCCAUUGGCGUCCUCCACCUCAGCCUUCUUUCUUUGUGGUGUACACUCCACCACCACCACAAUUUGUUUGAAAAAUUUUGUUGUGAUACAUAAUUUUGUAUUGAAAUUUUGGACGAAAUUAAAGAAAAAAAUUACAAUAUCUUGUGCAUUGACAGUUGUAAUUUUCAAUGAUUAGCAUUAUUGAUUCUUUGAUUUUUUUUUUUUCUUUUUUUCAGAUACUUUGUUACCGUUGUUAUCGGUGUGUAAAUUUCCCAAUUAAAUGUAAACAAUUGUGUUUUAGAUUACUUAUUCCUAUUGUCAUGGUAGCUAGAAUUACAAAUUCUUAUAGAUUGUAAGUCUUAUA